UGUCGAGAGCUUGCUUGAUGAAGCUCCUCAGAAAAGCGUAGCCUAAUAAUUAUCCAUCGCGCGCAAUCCCACGACACCGAUCGAUCCCGACCCAGCCCGCAUCGAGCCGACGUGACGUGCUCUUCACACUACCCCUACGCUUCCAUUGCCGUCGCGACACGCGAAUAAUUCUAUCAAAAUGGGCGGUUACGGAUACAACUCGUAUGGCGUGGGAGGCCUUACGUCCUUCCUGACGGUUGUCGGCUUAUAUAUGUUAUUUACCGGCAGUGGUGAAUCCUUCAAUGUCGGAGCUUUCCUCGAAUCAGUAUCGCCGUAUGCGUGGGCUAGCACAGGAAUCGCUUUGUGUAUAGGUCUAUCUGUCGUCGGUGCAGCAUGGGGUAUCUUCAUUACGGGCUCAUCGAUUCUCGGUGCUGGUGUCAAAGCCCCGCGGAUCCGAACAAAGAAUUUGAUCUCCAUCAUCUUCUGCGAGGUCGUCGCCAUCUACGGCGUCAUUAUGGCCAUUGUCUUCUCCUCCAAGGUCGGAUACACGAGCGGUGAUAACCUUUACGACGGCAACAGCUACUACACGGGUUUCGCCCUCUUUUGGGCCGGUCUGACUGUCGGAGGAUGCAACCUUGUUUGUGGUAUUGCCGUCGGUAUCAACGGUAGCGGCGCUGCUUUAGCCGAUGCGGCCGAUGCUUCACUUUUCGUCAAAAUCCUCGUUAUCGAAAUCUUCAGCUCCGUCCUCGGCCUCUUCGGUCUCAUCAUUGGCCUGCUAGUCCAAGGCAAGGCGCUGGAAUUCGGAACCGUACAAUAGAACAACAUCUUCUCCACAUUGAAAUUAUGGCAGUCUCGACCUGCUCCCAUCCGCUCUGGUCUGUGUAAGGUAGAUAUCGCGCUGUUCGAAUUACAAGGGAGAGGGGAGUAAUGCAUUAUCAAUCCCGCUUAAUAUUGCUCGGGGUUGGAUCGGCGUUUGGAAGAACGGGCUUUCACAUCCACGUCAUUGGAAGGUCCAAAGUGCAUGAUGCGUCUAAUUUAUGUUAAACUACAUAUUGUAUUAUACGACUAGUUCAGCUUCAGGGAAAGCUGUUCGUGUAGUUUGGUUCUCCAGAAUAAAUAAAAGAAUUAGUCACAAUACAUCUGAUGAGAUAGAUAAAGUAUAGGUGGUUAUGUUUAACCUCUCUUUGAGGCUACCCAACACAAUG